CUUUGAGCCUGAACCGACGGUGAACUUGGGCGCCACGUUCCGGGUGACCGGCCCCCGAGGAUGGUGAACGCGAGCUGCUGACCCUGCCUCAGCCGCUGCUUCUCGGGGGCUGCCGAGACAGGGGCCCCCUGUCUCCUCCCCUUGCCCGGCAGUGGGUGAACCUGCACGCUUCUUACCCACCCUGAGGACUUUUUUUUGAAAGGAGGGAGGGAGGGAGAGGGAAAGAGGGAGAAAGCGAAGGGGAGCUCGUCCAUCCAUUGAAGCACAGUUCACUAUGAUCUUACUCACAUUCAGCACUGGAAGACGGUUGGAUUUCGUGCAUCAUUCAGGGGUGUUUUUCUUGCAAACCUUGCUUUGGAUUUUAUGUGCUACAGUCUGCGAAACGGAGCAGUAUUUCAAUGUGGAGGUUUGGUUACAAAAGUACGGCUACCUUCCACCGACUGACCCCAGAAUGUCUGUGCUGCGCUCUGCAGAGACCAUGCAGUCAGCCCUAGCUGCUAUGCAGCAGUUCUAUGGCAUUAACAUGACAGGAAAAGUGGACAGAAACACAAUUGACUGGAUGAAGAAGCCUCGAUGUGGUGUACCUGACCAAACAAGAGGUAGCUCCAAAUUUAAUAUUCGUCGAAAACGAUAUGCAUUAACAGGACAAAAGUGGCAGCACAAGCACAUCACUUAUAGUAUAAAGAACGUAACUCCAAAAGUAGGAGACCCUGAAACCCGUAAAGCUAUUCGCCGUGCCUUUGAUGUGUGGCAGAAUGUAACUCCUCUUACAUUUGAAGAAGUUCCCUACAGUGAAUUAGAAAAUGGCAAGCGUGAUGUGGAUAUAACUAUCAUUUUUGCAUCUGGAUUUCAUGGAGACAGUUCUCCCUUUGAUGGAGAGGGAGGAUUUUUGGCACAUGCUUAUUUUCCUGGACCAGGAAUUGGGGGAGAUACUCAUUUUGAUUCAGAUGAACCAUGGACUUUAGGGAAUCCUAAUCAUGAUGGAAAUGACUUAUUUCUUGUAGCAGUUCACGAACUGGGACAUGCUCUGGGAUUGGAGCAUUCCAAUGACCCCACAGCCAUCAUGGCUCCAUUUUACCAGUACAUGGAAACUGACAACUUCAAACUACCUAAUGAUGACUUGCAGGGCAUCCAGAAGAUAUAUGGUCCACCUGACAAGAUUCCUCCACCUACAAGACCUCUACCAACAGUGCCCCCACACCGCUCUAUUCCUCCGGCUGACCCAAGGAAGAACGACAGGCCAAAACCUCCACGGCCUCCCACCGGCAGACCUUCCUAUCCUGGAGCCAAACCCAACAUCUGUGAUGGGAACUUUAACACUCUAGCUAUUCUUCGCCGUGAGAUGUUUGUUUUCAAGGACCAGUGGUUUUGGCGGGUGAGAAACAACAGGGUGAUGGAUGGAUACCCCAUGCAAAUUACUUACUUCUGGAGGGGGCUGCCUCCAAGUAUUGAUGCAGUGUAUGAAAACAGUGACGGGAAUUUUGUUUUCUUUAAAGGUAACAAAUAUUGGGUGUUUAAAGACACUACUCUUCAACCUGGUUAUCCACAUGACUUGAUUACUCUUGGAAGUGGAAUCCCCCCUCAUGGUAUUGAUUCAGCCAUCUGGUGGGAGGAUGUUGGCAAAACCUAUUUCUUCAAAGGAGACAGGUACUGGAGAUAUAGUGAAGAAAUGAAAACCAUGGAUCCUGGCUAUCCCAAACCAAUCACAGUCUGGAAAGGUAUCCCUGAAUCUCCACAGGGAGCCUUUGUCCACAAAGAAAAUGGCUUUACGUAUUUCUACAAAGGAAAGGAAUAUUGGAAAUUCAACAACCAAAUACUCAAAGUAGAACCUGGAUAUCCCAGAUCCAUCCUUAAGGAUUUUAUGGGCUGUGAUGGACCAACAGACAGAAAUAAAGAAGGACACAGCCCACCAGAUGAUGUAGACAUUGUCAUCAAACUGGACAACACAGCCAGCACUGUGAAAGCCAUAGCUAUUGUCAUUCCCUGCAUCUUGGCCUUAUGCCUCCUUGUAUUGGUUUACACUGUGUUCCAGUUCAAGAGGAAAGGAACACCCCGCCACAUACUGUACUGCAAACGCUCUAUGCAAGAGUGGGUGUGAUGUAGGGUUUGUUUUUUUCUUUUCCUUUCUUUUCCAGGAGUUUGUGGUAACUUGAGAUUCAAGACAGGAGCUGUUAUUGCUGUUUCCUAGCUAGGAGCAGGCUUGUGGCAGCCUGAUUUGGGCUGACCUUUCAAACCAGAGGGUCGCUGGUCCUGCACAUGAGUGGAAAUCCACUCAUGGGGAAGCUUCCAUGAUG